AUGCUGCCCACUUUGAAUGGCAUGGGUGCAGCAAGGUGUGGUGAAGCCAACUUCAGUCUCCUUAAUGCUAUGCUCUGGAGCUCCUCAGGGCUGCAGGCAGCCCUCUACAGCUAUGAGGGGAAAGAACCUGGUGACCUCAAGUUCAGCAAGGGUGACGUGAUCAUCCUGCGGCGCAGAGUGGAUGACCACUGGUUCCACGGGGAGCUGCAUGGUGUGCAUGGCUUUCUGCCUGCCAGCUAUGUGCAGUGCAUGCGGCCAUUGCCACAGGCCCCUCCCCAGGGCAAAGCACUUUAUGAUUUUGAGAUGAAGGACAGAGACCAGGAUAAGGACUGUCUGACCUUCACCAAGGAUGAAAUUCUGACUGUGAUCAGAAGGGUGGACGACAACUGGGCAGAAGGCAUGUUGGGGGACAAAAUUGGGAUUUUCCCCCUUCUCUACGUGGAGGACUCCUCCUCCUCGGCCGGACCUGCCACUGCAGCUGAACAGCAGAGCACCACAGCACCCAAAGUCCAGCUUCCUCUCAACGUGUACCUGGCACUCUAUGCCUACAAGCCCCAGAAGAAUGAUGAGCUGGAGCUACGCAAGGGUGAGAUGUACCGAGUCCUUGAGAAGUGUCAAGAUGGCUGGUUCAAGGGCAUGUCCCUGAGGACUGGGCUUUCUGGGGUGUUCCCGGGAAACUACGUGACACCUGUCUCUAGGGUUCCUGUAGGAGUGGUUGGAUCACCCCGGAAUAAUGGAGGCUCUCCACUAGCCAAAGGGAUGGCCACAACCAGCCACCCAGGUGGUGGAAGUCUGAGCAGCCCAGCCACAGCCACAAGGUCUACACUGCCCCUCACCGCUUUCCAGGCCCAGGCCCAGGCCCAGGCCCAGCACCAGGCUGCCUCUUCCCCAGUGAGCACAUGUCUGCUGCACUCGCCCCAGCUGGUGACCAGUCAGGUCCGGAGCACAAUCUCCACAGCUGCUCACACUUCAACUCAGGCUCAGGACCGGCCAACUGCCACAGUGUCACCCCUACGUACCCAGAACUCCCCAUCUCGCCUGCCUACUGCCAGCCUCAGGCCCUACUCUGUGGUGUCUCCACAGCAUGUCCACCAGCCCCUGAUGCAGACAGUUGUCGGGGCCCAGUGCCCCAGGCCUACUAUCCCACUCACAUCUGCAGCAUCAGCCAUUACCCCUCCCAAUGUCAGUGCUGCCAACCUCAAUGGAGAGGUUGGUGGAGGACCCAUCAGCAGCCUGUUGACAUCCAGUCCCACCAACACAGGAUGCAGACCAGAGGAGAAGAAAAAUGAAAAGGGCAUGGGGCUCCACCACUUCUGGGUGUACUGCCCUAGCCCUCACGAGGCCCCCAGCAGCACUGCCAGAGUCACCCGUCAGCAGACACCUGCCCACCUUGGCCUCAAGCCCCUGGUGCCCACCACGCAGCCCACACGCCUGCCCCCCAGGACUGCAGUCAGCUCCAGUCUGCAGGCAGUUCAUCUCUGUUCAUGCUACAGCGGGGACCACCCCCAGGGCUGUGCACCCUAUGGGCUCGUGUCCAUGUGGAGCCUGAUGUUUGGGCCGGGCUUUUCCCUGUGCGUCGUGGCUGUCUUGUGGCCGGUGUGGCUGCCCAGUGGGCUGGCCUCGAGGGUGUAG